GGGUGGGAACUGGGAGCCGAAAAAAGGAUAUUCUCCUUUUCUUUGUCAUUUGCAACUGGAACAGCACCCGGCACUGGGGCGUUCCAUUGAGGAAAGCAGAAGCUAAAUGAGAGCCGCUGGGCAUAAUGUCAGGUGUGUCAGUGAACCAAGGCAAGGGGGACAAGAACUCCAAGUCAAAAUACUCGGCGUUUAAAAUCAACGAUCUUUUUAAGGGCAAGACGGAGAUCCAGCAGCGGAACCCUAUCACCAAGCAUGGCUACCAGAGUUUGGGUAAAGUUGUGUCGACGCGCCGGAUCCCGCCUCCUCCUAACCUGCCUAGCCUGAAAUCGGAGAACUGCGGAAACGACCCGAAUAUCAACCUCGUACCAGCUGGAGGUCAAGGAUGGGGCUCUUCGAAGGAUCAGCCCGGUUCGGGCUCGGAGCCGCCAGCCAAGCCGAGCGCACCGAGCGCCUCGGCGGCGACGCCGGCGCCAGCUGCAGCUGUGCCGCCGCCGACGGUUGUGGCGGCGGCGGGCGCGCCGCCCGCUGUGCCGCCACAGCCGCCCGCCGCGGCCGCCGUCGCGGCGGCUCGUGUCGUCGCACCGCCCUCCUCCGAAAAGUCCUGGAGCAGCGUGACCUCCGGGCCGCCAGACGCCGGGCCCGCGCCCUCCUACUUGGCGCACCAGUCGCCGUACUUCCAGCAGGAGUUUCCGUCGCUGCGGCGGGCGACGCCGGCGGCGAUGGGGCUGCGCAGAAGGAAGCCGAGCUCGGGCCCGACGCGGCUUUUCCCUGUGAUGCGGUUGUCGCUGUUGGCCGCCGGCCUCUGA